AUGCACGCACACUUCGACAUUCCUCCCGAAUAUCAGCCCAAGCUGCGUCCUGUGCAGCCCAAAGACACACGAUCGGACGAUGAGAUUCUUGAUUCCCUCACCCAACCCACUCCAGUCUCAAGCGAAAAGAACAUCUGGGCAUUCUGGCACGCCGGUCUGCGAGGGCUUCCGAACUGGUGUCCCCGCAACUUGAUCGAUUGGCACCGUGUUUGUGGUCCAUCAUGGACCGUUCGGCUCCUGGAUACGGUCCCAGGCAGUCCGAACAACGCUUUACAAUGGGUCGAUGCUGAUAUGCUACCCGAAGCUUUUGUCAAGGGGACGAUGGAAGGUCCGUAUGUUGGACAGCAUUCGGCAGAUCUGUUGCGGGCGGCUACUCUGUGGGAGCAUGGAGGUGUUUGGAUGGACGUCGGUAUAAUCUUGAUUCGUGAUUUGGAUAGGGUGUGUUGGGAUCAGCUUGCUGAUGAAAGUAAUCCGUACGAGAUGUGCAAUGCCUAUGUCGAUGGUGUGAUUAUUGCGAAUCACUUCGUGGCGGGCAGGAAGGGAAGUGAAUUUCUGCGAAAGAGGCAGGAGCUCUUCUCUCACCUCUGGUCAGACCGCAACUCCAGCACCGGACUCAUAUCCAACCCUCUCCUCGCCUUCCGCGGCGAAAUGCUCCCAUCAGCAGCCAUGGCACGCUACAACUUUCCCAUGAAGCUCGACAAGAUGCCCACGAUCAUGGAUUACACCGCUCAGAUCUCUGCCUAUGCCCGGCUCGCCGUUCUGGAAGAACCGAGUGGUGGCUUCAACGGCCAGGAGUACAGAAAGAACAAGAUCCUUAAGUUCGACGCCCUAGGCGAGUGCUGGGCUGCCGAGGCUGCGAUUGGAUUUGGCGGUCAGGAUCUCUUCGACCUACUCGCCACGAAACGUACUGGGCCGGAUGCACAGCCUCAAUCCGAGGAGUAUCAGCUCGCGGAGAAAGUCGUGUGGAGACUCCUCAGCAGUGCAUCCAUGCAGAAAGUUACCCACGGGCACGAUCUCGUGCAAAGUCUUGGUUUGGGUAACAACGAGCCAGGCACUUUUGCGGAUUUAUUGAGGUGUGGGAGUGUGCGUUUCGAGCAGACGAGGGAGGAGAUUGAGUGUGUUGAUCCAGAGAACGUGGAGGUUGUGAUGAGGAAGGGGUUGCUGGAGCCUUGA